UUGCGUUUUUCUGUCCACCCGUUGUAAUGAGAUUACCCCCCUUUCACGUCAGGUGUACAUGCGCGGAAUUAAGCGUCCUUUGCUUUCUGAACAUCGACUUCUGUCAUGGGGAUUGUAUGGACCCUGGAACGUGGCGUACGUUUCUUUUGGUAAAUACUACGAUAAAUUCAGAACGACUGAAGUUGCAGCAAGCGGUUAGUUAUAAGCUUUCCUUGCACGCCCGAGAGCGUGAACAUUCUCUGGUAGAGGGCGGCAGAGCUCUCCAUAGUCUUGGUCGGAUUCCUGGGACUGCGCCUUGUAUGAACAGUUUUUACUGUCUUUCUGGAAACGGAUUUGCAUGGCUUUGGAAAUAACAUGGUCGGCUCGCAGCAGUAACAUCUGAGGAAAAUGUGCCAGAGGAGUUGGCUCUUCAAAUGGCUGGGAAUCGGCAUAGGCACUCUACUACUCUCCACAUGGACACGCUCUCAAGACACAGAUGAUUGGCAGUAUGAGGAGUGCAAGCUGUCAAGAGCCGGCCCACCUGCCACCAUAGUAGCCAUCGACGAGGAGAGCCCCAAUGGAACGUUACUGGUGGAGAACAUGCAGAUCAAUGGGCGAGCAGAGGACCCUGACAGAACCAUCUCUCUCUCACUGCGAGAUAACUACGACCACUGGGUCAUUCUGGACUCGGUCAACCAACGACUCUAUCUAAACAGCACCGGCAGAGUUCUGGACAGGGAUCCCCCAUCCUAUAUUCAGUCCAUCGUGGUGCAGGUGCAGUGUACAAAUGAGCUGGUUGGCACGGUGAUCCUCCACGAGGUCCGUAUUGUGGUGAGGGACCGGAACGACAACGCCCCUCGCUUCCAGCAGCCGCGCUACUACGUGGCCAUUAACGAGCUGACCCCUGUCGGCACCACCAUCUUCUCUGGGUUCUCUGGAAACAACGGGGCCAUUGACAUCGACGACGGACCCAACGGCCAAAUCGAGUACACCAUUCAGUUCAACCCAAAUGACCCAAUGACUAAUAGGACAUUUGAUAUCCCCUUAACCUUGUCUGGCUCUGUGGUGCUUCGAGAGAGGCUGAAUUAUGAAGAAAUCACACGCUACCUUGUCAUUAUCCAGGCCAAUGACCGAGCUCCAAACCCAAAGGAUAGACGGACAGCCACCACAACUCUGACGGUGGAUGUGUUGGACGGCGAUGACCUUGGGCCUAUGUUCCUGCCGUGCAGUCUGGUGGACAACACGCAUGACUGCAAACCCCUCACCUACCAUGCUGGCGUUCUGGAGCUUGCUGACCCCAGUAAAGUCAACCCGGUGAACGUGACUCCACCCAUUCAAGCAGUGGACCAGGACCGAAACAUCCAGCCUCCAUCUCAGCGCCCCGGCAUCCUCUACUCCAUCCUCAUCGGCAAGCCAGAGUCGUAUGCUAAGUAUUUCGCAUUGAAUCGAACCACGGCGGAGCUGUAUCUUCUGCAGCCCAUCAGCAGAGACCUCAACCACAAAUUUGACCUGGUCAUCAAGGCUGAGCAGGACAAUGGACACCCGCUACCGGCCUUCGCUAAUUUACACAUUGAGGUGCUUGAUGAGAAUAAUCAGGCGCCCUACUUCCAGAGGCCAGUGUACCAUGGCUUUAUCAGCGAAUCAGCAACCGUGGGCACCACCGUCUCCGACAACGCCAAUCUCACAGCCCCGCUUGCCAUCGUCGCCCUCGAUAAUGACAUGGAAGAGACCAGGGACCCCAUGGUGCAGAUCUCUCUGGGCAGCUACGGCAGCAUCUUCGCGGUGACCCCGCAGGGGAUUGCCCGCCACCUGACGCUGCUGAAGCCCGUGGACCGUGAAGAGCAGCAGAGCUACGUGUUCUCGAUGAUCGCCUCGGAUGGCGUCCAAGAGAGUUCGCCGGUGACCGUCAACAUCACUGUGAUCGAUGCCAACGACAACACGCCCACCUUCCCCAACGUUUCGUACGGCGUCAACGUUUUCACCGACAUGCAGCCGGGAGAGACUGUGCUGCGGCUAACGGCAGUGGAUGCGGAUGAGGGCCCCAACGGCCAGGUGACCUACCGCAUCCUGGCAGGAGACCAGGGCCAUUUUGUGAUCGAGAAGCACACGGGGGUGAUCAAAGCCAUGUCGGGCAUCAGUCUGGCCGUGGGCCGCACCUAUGCACUCACUGUGGAGGCCAUGGACAAUGGCCCCAAGGCCCAGAGGAGGAGCUCCAUCACUACAGUGUACAUUGAGGUGCUGCCGCCCAACAACCAGAGUCCCCCCAUCUUCCCCCAGCUCCUCUACAGCCUGGAGGUCAGCGAAGCAAUGAUAACCGGAGGCACACUGCUCAACAUCCAGGCUACAGACCGUGAAAAGGAUCCCAUUACUUACACGAUCCAGAGGGGCAAUCCUGACGGCACCUUCGGACUCCUGCAAGAAUCUGGACUCCUGCUUCUGAACAAGACGCUGGACAGGGAGACGACGGAUCGAUACACACUGGUUGUCACGGCGUCCGACGGAAAGGCAGACGGGACCUCCACGACAACCGUCAACAUCCUGGUCACCGACGUCAACGACAAUGAUCCCAUCUUCGAUCGCUCGUUCCCCAGGAACCUCUCGGUCCUUGAGGAGGAGGCCAACGCCUUCGUAGGCCAAGUGAAGGCCAGCGACCCGGACGCGGGGGCCAACGGCGAGGUCCGCUACCGUCUCCUGACCCACAACGGCCUUUUCCGCAUCAACAGCUCAGGGGCCAUCAUCACGGUGGCGCCGCUGGACCGCGAGGUCAGAGGUCAAUACCAGCUGUUGGUGGAGGCUUCGGACGGCGCCCAGGACCCACGGCGCACCACCCUACUGCUCCCCGUCACUGUGAUCGACGUGGACGACAACAGCCCGGUCUUCUCCCAGCCGGCGUACGAGGCCACGCUCGCCGAGAACAGCCCCGCCGGCACGGUCCUCCUCCACCUCAGUGCACAUGAUGCUGACCUGAACUCCAACGUCACGUACCGGAUCAGAACCGAGGAGGCCCGGCAGCUGUUCUCUCUGGACCCAGUGACGGGCCAGCUCUCCGCCCAGCACACGCUGGACUUCGAGACACUGGCCCCCGAGGCCGUCACACACACCUUUGUGGUGGAGGCAGUGGACAGCCAGGGUAGCAUGCCUCCCGGUCUGACCACGGUCACGGUCAAGAUAAUGGACAUGAACGACUACUCUCCCGUGUUUAGUCAGGCUCUGUACCGAGGGGUAGUGGCUCCCAACGCUGUCAAGGGGACUGUCAUCAUCACGGUGUCGGCAAAGGAUGGGGACCCCCCUGACACCGCUGACAGUAGGAUACACUACCAGGUGGACACCGAGCAGUUCCCUUACAGCACGAGCCUCUUCGGUGUGGAGGAAGGCACGGGCCAGGUGGUCACCAGGGUCAACCUCAACGAGGAGCCCAAUGCCAAGUUCAACCUGGUGGUUAUUGCUUAUGACGGAGGGGAGCCAGCGAAGUUCAAUAAGACCCUGGUGGAAAUCACUGUCCUCCAGCCCUCGGUGAUACCAAUCUUCACCCAGGAGGAGUACAGGUUCCCUCCUGUGAGUGAGAACGCCCCCAUCGGGAAGGUUGUUGGGGUCAUUCUGGCUGCAGCCGUCAACCAGACAAUCAUCUACUCUAUUGUUGAGGGCAACGAAGGAGGUGAGUUCGCCCUCCACAACAGCACAGGUGUGAUCACCACGGCGAGGCGAUUGGACUUUGAGACCAACAGCAGCUACGUCCUGAGGGUAGAGGCCGACCCUCUACAAGUGAUCUCAUCAAACAUGCGAGCCCCAGCAAAGAGUGAGAAAAAUGCACACACACACACACACACACACACACACACACACACACACACACAUACACAUACUGUAUACACACAUUUACACACACACACAAAAAAAACAUAUACACCAGUUGUGUCUGUCCAGGCCGUGGACAAGGACACAGGAAACUACAGUGCCAUGCUGUACCGCCUCAUCAUCCCCCCCACGUCCGACGGGAAGGACAGCUUCGUAAUCGAGCCCUACUCUGGGGUCAUCAAGACGGCCAUCAUGUACCGCAACAUGCGUCGCUCCUACUUCAAGUUCCAGGUCGUCGCCGUGGACAACUACGGAGAGGGCCUCAGCAGCAGUGCUGAAGUCGUGGUGUCUGUGGUGAACCAGCUGGACAUGCAGAUAGUUGUGUCCAACGUCCCCCCCACCAUGGUGGAGCAGAACAAAGAUCGGCUUAUGGGGAUUCUAGAGCGCUACGUUCAAGACCAGAUCCCCGGAGCUAAAGUGGUCGUGGAGUCCAUCGGGCCUCGUCGCUAUGGAGACAGCUUUGAGCAAGAAGACUAUUCCAAGUCAGACCUCAUGGUGUACGCCAUCGACCCCCUGACCAAUCGCGCGCUGUCCCGUCAGGAGCUCUACAAGUUUCUGGACGGGAAGCUACUGGACAUCAACAAGGAGUUCCAGCCAUACCUGGGCCGCGGCGGGCGUAUCCUGGAGAUCCGCACACCGGACGUGGUGGCCAGCGUGAAGAAGUCGGUGCAGACGGUGGGCUACACGGAGGGCGCGCUCCUGGCCCUGGCCAUCAUCAUCAUCCUCUGCUGCAUCCCCGCCAUCCUCAUCGUCAUCUUCACCUACAGACAAUUUAAAGAGCGACAGGCAGAAUGUGCGAAAACAGCUCGGAUCCAAAUGGUUUUGCCAACGGGCAAAUCUGUGGGCGCCGCCACCAACAAUCUCUAUGAGGAGCUGGGCGACAGCACCAUGAGAGGCUACGGACAUCAGGAGGAGCUCUCAAUGGAGUCGGGCAUCGACCCUGGGCAGGACUAUUACACCCAGGAUUACUAUAAUUAUGAACACGGGUAUGACCUCCCUCAGUAUGGCAGCCGCAGGAAGUUGAUCUCCCCAACGGGAAUGUAUGACGAGUACGGAGAGGUCAUCAUGGAGGACGACGGCAGCUACUACUACAGCCCACAGGACUCUGAGGGCGAGUAUGGGAGAAAGAAGCGCAUCAGACUGGUGGUGGACAGGGAGUACGAGACCAGCUCCACGGGUGAAGAGAGCGCCCCCGAGACACAACGCGGGCGACCGCCGGGCGCCCCCCCUACCCAUGGCACGACCUCCAGCACGAGCGUGAACGGCAGCGUGUACCUGGCGCAGAACGGCUCGGUGGUGCGCACUCGUCGCUCCGUGCUGGCCAACAGCUUCAAGCCCGGCGGCAGUAGCGGCAUUGGCCUCGGCAUCGGUUCGCCGUCUCGCCUGGCCAAGCACUUCCGCAAGCUGGACCGGCUGGCGGUCACACACGAGGAGAGGCUUCCACUCAACAGCCCCAACCUGUCAGACUCUGCACCCGAGCACGACGGCACCUCCAGUAACCCCGGGGCUGUCGCCACAACGCCGGACGUGGUCGCUGCCGCCAUCGUCGAGCGGAACGACCUCAGCGGCGGCGGAAGUCUCGGCAGGGCCGGCGGAAGUCUCGGCAGGACCGGCGGAAGUCUCGGCAGGGCAGGUGGUGGUGGCGAUGAUGGUAGUGCCGGCGGUGGUGGCGGCCCCUCUCUAGCCUCCAGUGCCUCAGCAACCGAGAGCUCAGGGUCGAAGGUCAACCUGACUCUCACCCAGGCGCCUGACCGGACGAGCGAGUCCGGCGAGCAGGAGUCGGCCGUGGACAACGAGGAGCCGUCACGGGCGCAGCUGGUGACCGAGUCGCACAGCGACCGGACGCAGUCCGACGAAGAGGAACUGUGGAUGGGGCCUUGGAAUAACCUGCACAUACCAAUGACCAAACUGUGACU